GUUUCGAUACAGACAUGAUGCGGUGGUGCAGUUACCAAGUUGUGUUGGUAUAUUUAUUGGAGUUGGGUCUACUUACCGUCGCUGCUGCAGCAAAUGACCCGUGCGACUCAAAACAUGUUCUACCAGAUAUGGACAAACGGGGUAUCAAUUCUACCCUCGGUCAGAGUGGUCAUAUCAUUGAUGAUCACUACAAUAUCCCCGCCGAAGGACAAUGGUACAGGGUGGAAUCUCAGCACAUGUUGAAUAAUGUCUCAUUCAUUCAUGAACUCAAGGCGUGUGGAACAGUAUUCCCCAUCUAUUUAAAUGGGAGUUUACCUCAGAGACAAGAUGGGAUCGUUGACAGGGUCGUCUGCACUGUGGGGUUCGGUAGUCUUUGUCAACAUCCGAUGAAUAUUAAGAUAAAAAUGUGUCGAGACUUUUCAGUUUACUUUCUGAAACGACCAGCCAGUACUUCAUCGGCAUUCUGCUUUUUGUACCCAGAAAAUACGUUGCCGCCGAAGUUUGAUAUCCUGAAACCUACCGUCAAUGUUUCACUCGUCAACAAGAUUAGUCCUGUCUUUCAUGUGGACUUACAAAGUCUACAGUUUAUUUGUGACUUCACAUUACUGAGUGAGGACCUGCUGUACGAGGUAAUAUGGUAUAUAGAUGGGAAGGCCAUCAGUGAAACAAAGAUCGCUAAUAGGACGGAGAUUGAACAACUGGUUUUGGAAGAACAACCAGGUCAACUGGAACGACUCGGAGUCAAUGUGGCCUGUGCCGUGAGAACGCGUUUGACACCAAAUGACGUCCCCGGAAUGUUGUCUCCAAGAAGUGACCCCUUCUAUGCUGGGAUUACGACUACUCCAUCGGUAACUUUACACAGAGAAUCACCCACUACGUACAUUGUGGUUAAACCUACCGUACCUGUUGGCUGCCCGACACUCUUUCAAGAUGUCUGCGAAGUGGUUGUAGAGCUUAUCCUUCCUGAGACGUACAAGUGUAGGGGCAGUAUUGGAGCCGUUCUGCCUACCGGAGCUCAGACUUGUGGCAAACAUAUCCGCCAUGACGAGUGGGACAAAGAACAUAAUAUCUACAUCGCCUGGCUGGACGAUCAGACGUACAACGGUCAUCCAGACAAUUACAAAGUCAGUCUCCGUACAGCUAUCAAUAACUAUCACCCUAUCUGGAGCAACGUCGUCCUUGGUGAUGUCAACGUCAUAAUGGAGGACAACUCACAUCUUUGGAAGGGAAAAGAGUGUCAUGCUAUCUGUGACCCCCACAUGAAAACGUUUGAUGGAAGGAACUACGAGAAUCAAAAUGAUGGAACUUUUAUCUUUUAUGAAAACGAUGAUCCGAACAAAAAAGUCCAGGUACAAAUGAAGGUGACGCCCUGUAACGCUCCGGCUCACGUGUUUUGUGUAUGCGCUAUUGCUGUGCGGGCUGGUGGGGACGUUUUCGUCAUUGACAGUUGCCCUGGCAUAUAUCGCCCGAUAUUUGAGUUCCGUUCAUGUGAAGAUCACAUACUGGAUGUCAGGAAAAUCAACGAACAUUUCUACAAAAUCUAUUUGCCAAGCGGUACCUACCUGAGUGCCAGACUUUGGCAUUACACUGGAAAGGAUGUAAUGGACUUGCACAUGUUUCCAUCCGCUGCUGACACGUUCCACACACGAGGCCUAUGUGGGACGCUCAACGGUCGAACGGAUGACGAUUUUACUAAACCUAAUGGACAGAUUACCGGAGAUAAUAAUAUCUUUGCUAAAUCUUGGAGUGUAACCGACGAGGAUGAAAAUCUUAUUACGAUGUCUGCUGAUAAUCUCGCAAAGUUGGCAACUUGGAAUAAAACAGAAAAUACACAGUUCUGCACGUGUAACGGACCGUCACGUAAUAUUUCCUGUACACAUGGUGCCAUAGCGACGUGUGUCAGGGAUGACGAAUCACCCGUGGUUAAAAAGAAGGGAUGCUUGUUAAAAAGGUCAAGGUCAUUACGCCCGAUCUCUUCCAUACCUCACACAACCCAACCCUCAAUUGUGGAUCCCCAACAGCAGAUAUGGAACAUGUCAACAGCUACUGCUUACUGUGAAAAAAUCAUGAAAGAUUCCACUUCCUUUCACGCUUGUGCCGAACAAGUUCCAGCAACAGACCCGGGCAAUUCUAUCGAUACAUGUGUCCUGGAUAUCAUGGCCACCCAGACAACAAUGUGGGCCACCUCCGCUAGGGAAUCCUUAAAAUCCGUCUGUCUGAAGGAACUGAAACAGAACACCACGUACCAGGAAGAGGACUCGCCCGACAGGCCUUCCAUUGCCCAGCAAAUUAAAGAGAUCACGUGUGCGAACGAGUGUAGUGGAUAUGGGCAGUGUGACAACGGUACAUGUGUGUGUAUUGCCUAUUUCGGAACUGCCGAUUGUUCCGUAGACAUUCGGAUACCUCCAGAUACACAUGGCGUAAACCUCGACACCAAUAGCACAUGUGACCUUAACGUAUGUUCCAUGGCGAUUGUUGAAGGAGAUACGUUCGUUGAUACUGCUACCCUCACCUGCCAUAUUACUUUAUAUAAGAUACACACUGACGAUACAGAAGAAUUGUAUAAGCAAUUUACUACUUCCGGUCAAUUUAACACACUGAUGGAGGUAUUUUGUCCAUUACCGCACACACGGAGUCUUCCAAGCAGUGACGAAUUUGCCCAGCGCUGGUCAAUAGGGGUCAGCAAUGACGGACAAAAUUUCGGGAAAGAAUCUGACCUGAUCGUCUACAAUGGAGGUUGUCAAAAAGUGGAACACGAUAACGUAUCGUCCGUACUUAUGCAAGAUAACUUUUGCUUUAUUCGAGGUGUAUGUGUACCUGAAGGAAAUAUCAAUCCAACGGAGUCAUGUUGGAUAUGUCAAAUCUCUGAUCCUGCAUCAAGAUAUCAAUGGAGCAGAAACCCUGGUAACUGUCUCAUUAAUGGAGUGUGCAUUGCCGAUGGCGAAGUAAAGAGACACGACAACUGCUCCAGAUGUGACGUUUCUGUAUCAAUCGACCAAUGGACUGCAAACAUAGUAAACGUCGACUGCAAAGAUAAACUUAAGGAGACCACUACUGCUGGAGCUGUGUUACCAUUCUUUGAGAUACACAAACCAACGGUGAAUGUUUCACUGGUCAACACGUUCAGCACUGUAUUUAACGUGGAUGUACAAGGUCUACAAUUUGUGUGUGGCUUCAAACUUUUGGACGAGGACCUCCUGUACGAAGUUAUAUGGUAUAUCGAUGGGAAGGCCAUCAAUGAAACAAAGAUCGCAAACAGGACAGAACUUGAACAAUUGGUUUUGGAAGAAGGAGCAGGUCAACUGGAACAGCUUGGAGUUAAUGUUGCAUGCACUGUGAGAGCGCGAUUGUUACCAGAUGGUGUCUUUGGCCGAGUGUCACCUACAAGUGAUCCAUUCUAUGCCGGCAUUAAAUCUACACCGUCCGUAACCUUGCAUAGAGAGACACCAACUGCAUACAUUGUGGUGAAGCCUACUGUACCAAUUGGAUGCCCGGCAUUUUUUCAAGAUGGCUGCGAAGUUGUAGUCGAGCUGCUCCUUCCUGAGACAUACAAGUGUAGGGCCAACAUUGGAGCCGUUCUGCCUACUGGAGCUCAGACAUGUGGCAAACACAUCCGCCAUGACGAGUGGGACCAGGAACACAAGAUAUACAUCGCCUGGUUGGACGAUCAGACGUAUAACGGUCACCCGGACAGUUACAAAGUCAGUCUCCGUACGGCUGUCAAUAAUUAUAAUCCUAUCUGGAGCAACGUUGUCCUUGAUGUUGUCAACGUCGUCAUGGACGACAACACAAACCUGUGGAAGGGGAAAGAGUGCCAUGCUAUAUGUGAUCCUCACAUGAAAACGUUUGAUGGCAGGAACUACGAAAAUCAAAACCCUGGAACUUUUAUCCUUUAUGAAAAUGAUGAUCCCAACAAAAAAGUUCAGGUACAAAUGAAGGUGACGCCCUGUAACCCUCCGGCUCAUGUGUUUUGUGUGUGCGCCAUCGCCGUGAGGGCAGGUGGGGACGUUUUCGUCAUCGACAGGUGCCCGGGAAUAUAUCGCCCCAUAUUUGAGUUCCGCACAUGUGAAGAUCACAUACUGGAUGUCAGGAAAAUCAACGAACAUUUCUACAAAAUAUACCUGCCGAGUGGAACUUACCUUAGUACCAAGCUUAUGCAUUACACUGGGAAGGACGUCAUGGACCUGCACAUGUAUCCAUCCGCUGCCGACACGUUUCACACUCGAGGGCUUUGUGGGACGCUAAAUGGACAAACGGACGACGAUUUUGCCGAGCCGGAUGGACAAAUUACAGGAGAUAAUAAUAUUUUCUCAAGAUCAUGGAGUGUAACCGACGGAGAAAACCUUAUUACAAUGUCUGCUGACGCUCUCGAGAAAUUGGCGACGUGGAAUAAGACAGAUAAUGCACAGUUUUGCACGUGUAACGGACCGUCACGCAAUAUUUCCUGUACGCCUGGUGCUAUAGCGACGUGUGUCAGGGAUGACGAAUCACCCGUGGUUAAACAGAAGGGAUGUAGGGUCAGGAAGUCUAGGUCAUUUCUCCCAAUCUCUCUGAUGCCUAAUACUACCCCGCCUGUUUUGGUGGGUCCCCAACAGCAGAUAUGGAACAUGACCAAAGCCACAGACUACUGUGAAAAAUACCUCAGAGACUCGACAUCAUUUGAUGCAUGCGCCAAACAAGUUCCGGCAACAGACCCAGGCAAUGCCAUCGAUACAUGUGUCCUUGAUAUUAUGGCCACCCAGACAACGAUGUGGGCUACCUCCGCUAGGGAAUCCAUGAAAUCCGUCUGUCUGAAGGAACUGAAACAGAACACCACGUACCAGGAAGAGGACUCGGAUGACCAACCGUCCAUUGCUAGGCAAAUUAAAGAGAUCACGUGUCCUAACGAAUGUGAUGGACAUGGUCAGUGUGACAAUGGUACCUGUGUGUGUAGUACGUAUUUCGGAGCCGCUGAUUGUUCCGUAGACAUCCGCAAACCUCCUCACAUAUAUGGUGUUAACCUCGACACCAACAACACGUGUGACCUUAACGUAUGCCAGACGGCCAUUGUGGAAGGAGAGACGUUUAUCGAUACCAGUAGUCUCACGUGUCAUAAUACCUUAUAUCAGAUUCAUAGUAACGGCACAGAGACAAAUUUCCUGCAAUGGACAUCUCACGCGCAAUUCAACACACUUGUGGAGGUAUUUUGUCCGACUCCGUACGCAUUGAGCCAUCAAGAUAAGAAUCGGUUUGCCUACAGAUGGUCAGUUGGGGUCAGCAAUGACGGUCAGCAUUUCGGAAACGUCUCGGAUCUUAUUGUUUACGACGGCAUUUGUCAGAAUGUUGUCCAAAAUGGCACGCUGUCAGUAGAGAUGGAAGUUAACUUUUGCUUUAUCGACGGAGUAUGCAUACCAGAGGGAAAUACACAUCCAUCGGAUUUAUGCCAUGUAUGCCAAGCUGCUGAUCCUCGAUUAAGAUUUCAGUGGAGUAGAAAUCCAGGUUAUUGUCUCAUAAAUGGAGAGUGUAUUGUUGAUGGCCAAGCGAAGAGUGACGACAACUGCUCCAGUUGUGACGUUUCCAUAUCAUUGGACCAAUGGAUUUCACUGACAGGUCACGUCGACUGUGAUGGCAGACAAUCGAACACCUCUAUAUUUGGAUUGAAGAAUGAGACGUGUAAGUUAUAUAAAUAUAAAUCCAAUCCAUUCGGUAGAUAAGCAGUCUUGGUUUGGUUAAUUUCAAUGAUAUUUUGUGAGAUCUGACUACAUCAAACUCAAGAUAAUUCGUAAAGAUGCGUUACCACGACAUCAUAGAUAAAGUUUGUAUAACUUGUACCGUUGAAAAAAUUGUGUUCAAUUGAUGUGAUUUUACAAUGUAUAUAAAAUUAUACAACUUAUAUCCGGACCCCAUAUGGAACUACCAUUUCUAUGGUUGGUUUUCAUACUGAAGAGUGUAAAUUAAUAUAGAUUAUCACAUUGUAUUUUCAAGGUUUGUCGUGAGAACAAUUUUCUCAUCGCGAGCA